AUGGCUGCCGGGAGCAAGCGCAAAGCUUCCUCCGAGAACAACAACGGGGAGUCCGAAAACGGUACCAAGAAAAAGACGAUUCAGACGACAAAAACAGAAGAAGAAGAAGAAGAAGAAGAAAACGACGAGGGAGAGACAAAAGAAACGUUUUGUAACAACCCAAUCGGUUUCCAAUUCAAAGUGUUACACACGGACGGUCGCGCUCGGUACACCAAUCUUACGCUCCCUCACUACGAUUGCUUCACCCCAAUGUUCAUGCCGGUGGGAACGCAAGGAUGCGUGAAAGGGUUAACUUCCAUGCAAUUGGAAGAGAUUGAGUGUCAAGUUAUUUUAGGGAACACCUACCACUUGGGCCAAAGGCCUGGAAAAGAUUUGUUUCUCGAAUGCGGCGGGUUGCAUAAGUUUAUGAGUUGGAAGAGAGGUUUACUGACCGACUCUGGUGGGUUUCAAAUGGUUUCGUUGGCUGAUUUAUCCGACGUGACGGAAGAAGGAGUCACGUUUCAAUCACCAAUCGAUGGGAAGAGUGAAAUGUUAACGCCGGAGAAAUCGAUGGAGAUACAAAACGCCAUCGGCGCGGAUAUUAUCAUGGCGUUGGACGACGUCGUGUCGAGCGUGAAGAUUAGCAAGGAACGGUUUGAGGAGGCUACGCACAGAACGACCCGAUGGAUCGACCGGUGCAUUAAAGGCCACAAAAGGCCGAAAGAGCAAGCGUUGUUUGGCAUCGUUCAAGGCGGGCUGGACGAUCGAUUGCGAGAUAUAUCUUUGAAAGGCUUGUUGAAACGAGGGAAGGAUUUACCCGGGUUUGCCAUCGGCGGUUUAGCUGGAGGGGAAGGGAAAGAAGAUUUCUGUCGCGUGUUAGAGAGCGCUUUACCGAAAUUACCGUUCAAUAAACCCAGAUACGUGAUGGGUAUAGGGUACCCGAUCGAUAUCGUCAUAUGCACGGCGUUUGGCGGCGACAUGUACGAUUGCGUCUUCCCUUCGCGAACGGCUCGAUUUGGCAAUGCCUUAGUUCCCGAAGGUACUCUGCGAUUAAAGCAAGCGCAAUACAAAACCGACGAACGAAAAGUCCAAGACGAUUGCGAUUGCGUGUGUUGCUUAAACUACACGAGGAAAGAUUUGAACAAAAUAGCCGGCAAGGAAACCGAAGCGAGCAUCGUGUUGACGUAUCACAACUUGAGAUAUCUCAUGCGCUUGUGUAAACAAAUGCGAGAGGCGAUCGAAAAGAAAACCUUCAAAGCAUUCUGCGUCGAGUUUACGAAGAAACUCUACAGUUUAGAAAAAGGCGUUCCGAAAUGGGUCGUUGAUGCCUUCGCGAAAGUCGAUAUUGAUGUUUCAACGUAG